UAUUUGUCUUGAAAGCCCAGACCGUCAGCCUUGGUAUUAUCAUCUAAUAUCUGGUCACCAUGAAGGUCGCUCACAUCUACCUGCUCUGCAUCCUGGGAGCUGCUCUGCUGUCCACGGUCCUCUGCAACCAUGCAAGAGAAAUAAAGGACUGCUGCUUUAAACUUCUCAGCAAACCCCUGAACAAAAAGCUGUUCACUUCAUAUUACAAGACUGAUCCCCGCUGCUCUUUGAAUGCAGUUGUUCUAAUAACAAAACGGGCAGGCCGCAUCUGUGCGAAUCCAAAUGACCGCUGGGUGAAGAACGUUAUUGAUCACCUGGAUAUUGUGUCCUUUAAAGAAGCUGCCUACUGUCCUGCUUUUACCAACCUAGUACAAUAAAACCAACGGGCAAUGGAAACAUGAUUUUGGUAUCAGUGCUAUUCUGUUUCAAGUAAUCAAAGAUUUUUCUUUCAAUGUGCAAUCUGUGUUUUUCUAUAAAUUCUUUUCUGCUGGAGAGCUGGUAACCAGUAGGAUUUUCUGUUGUUUUUAUGUUUGGUUUUUGCUUUUUCUAUUUUAUUUCCUUGAUUUUGCCUACACUUGUAAGACAAUAUUAUCAGCAUUUUGCUUUUGGCCUUUAUACUUUUUGUGUUUAAAAAUAAAA